AUGCCUCAAUCCAAUCACCCCAAUAUGCGCACACAAUCAGAACUUGAAGAACAGUCUUUAAUAGAACGCGAUGUUAGAAUUGGACAGCGACUCGGACAAAUUGAUGCUGACCACGAACCUGGAGUCUGGGAAGACAUCAAUAACAAGCAGCCCGACCAUCCAAAUUACAAACCUCCCAUCGGAAGUUACACCGAUCCCGAUUGGCAAGUGGAUCUAGGUAAUCUUCCGAGUUCUGCCCAUGCCAGCUAUCACCAAGCCCGCCGAUAUGCCGAAGCACGUGUUAGACUCCAAAAUCGCUGGAUGCAACUUGAAAAAGACGCCACUGCUGCCUUCUUGCUCUGCCAAAGAAAAACCUCAAACUGGACGUACCAAAACAGACCGGAGGCGUAUGGAACUUGA